AUGGAGGAGGGUCAUGACUGGGCAAUCUUCGGCCUUGCCGGCAACCUUUCGAUUCGUGAUGACAGCCCCCGGGACGGUGCCGAAAGGUCGCGGCGUGGCCCAGUGGAUUCGCUACUGAGACAAGAAUUGCCGGGCGACGACCCCCUGGCACACCGGCUCCUAUCUCCUCGCCUAUCCUCGACGUACCUGGCUCCCCACGGACCGGCGUCCAGACCUACAUCACUGGUAUCUUCUGGCGACGAUGGCGACCCCAUCGCGCCCACGACUGCCACCAUCAUCGCCGGGGCAGAGACCCACGGCUCGCGCUCUGCCAAAACCUACUCGCCGUCGCCGCGAAAAGGUUUACGAUACCACCACUCCGUCGCCCUGUCCCUACACCACCACUGUUUUUACGUGCCAUCAGGCCUCGCACUCGACACUCCACCAUGGGAAGCCACCGAACGAAAGCCCCCUCACUGCACCUCGCCCCGGCUUUCGGACUACGCAAUCCACCCCGCGACACCCGUGCACCCUAACCGCCUCGGAUUCCUGCCUGUCGGCCAGGCCACUUGUUCUGUAAAGGCGCGGCACCAGCAAGAGCCUCGCCAUGGCGGCCCUUCCGCCGCGUUAAUCGAGACUUGA